UUAUUAUCUGAAAAAGGAAUUACAAUUUAAGUAUUAAUAUAAAAAUGUGUAUUAAAUUGAAAAUAUUGUAUUUUUGAAAUGAAAGUAUAUUCACGUACGUAUAUAUAUAGUCAAUACAUUAUUGACACACAUUUCAAGCACAUAACCUCACGUUCACAAUUGACCCAUACACACAUAACAAUGCCAGUGUUUAUAAAGAAUCUAACUUAAUAAAUACGUAAUAAAUGAGUACAGUGUAUGCAUAAUAUAAUCAUGUGAAGUGAAGGAAAGGCGGAAAAAAAUGUCCCUGUAUAAAAUCACAACAUUAUCUUACUUUCGAAACAUGGGAGAAUAAUUUAUUCAACAAAUUUUUAAGCAUUCACUGUCACGGGCGUGUAGUGCCUUGCUCCAAAAAAAAGUAAAAUACAUUGUUUUCUUUUCUUUGUCGUGUGUUGUUUAUUUUGUAAAAGAAACACCAAUUUUGUAUCAUCGAUUUUAAAAUAUUCUUUGUUUGUUUCAUGUUCAGAUAACAGAAAAAUAAAAAAAAAAUGUCAUUUAUUGGUUGUACGCAUUACGACUCGGGUAGACACAGGUAGACAAUUGGUGUUAUUAUUUUAAGAAAAAAUUGAGGAAUAAAAUAUUUUCGAUUAAUAAAAAAAAUGCCGAGUUUAAGAAAAAAAGUUGUGGGAUUUAUGCGUCAAUUAUCAAUAAGCAAUUUGACAGCUGCUGUUGAAAGUAUCGGCCAAGGGGACCAUCAAAAUUUACAAUAUCCUAAAACAACACAACAAGAACUCGUGGGAGGUUGCUUUAUUUCUCGAUACUUAAAUGGAUUGGAGAAGAAACAAGAGGGUCCACCGAUUAUACACGGUCGGAGUCCCGAAGAACUUCCUACGAAACCAUUAGGAGAUUAUGAUAAGAAUGAGAAAGAAUUCGCUGCCAUAACAGGUCCUGAUCGAGGACUUACAACAGUCAAUUUAAAACAAAGACAUUUAAGCAUCAGUGAUCCGGAUGUGGAUUACAUUGACAUCUUGGACCAACCCGACCAAAACGGAUCCGGCCACGAUCGAUGGCGAACAUUACGUACAGCGGACACUUCAAUUUAUCCGAUUGACAACAGUCGAGUGAAGAUACGAGCAGCCGGUAAACUUUAUGAGCCAGCACCAAAGAAUUUACAGACAAAUCUUAUAAAAAAUAAAAUCUAUUUUAAAGAGUACAAACCAAAUUCACUUGAUCUCGAUAGUGAUUCAGAUGAAAGACAUAAUAAUUCAUUGAGCAAUAAUUCCGAGCAAGUCGAUAAUCAAAAGACAUCGUCUAAUUUAGAGACAACAUUAAAAGACAACAUUAAUUAUCCAAGAAACAAUGUGCAAUUUGAAUGUGAUGAAAUAAAACAGGGUCAAUCGAUGGAGAUUAUUGAAAAUUUCGAAACAAAAAUUGAACAAAAAGUUGAGGAUUCAUUAAAGGAUGGAUUGAACUGUAAUUUGAGUGAGCGUGAAGUGCAUUUUACGUUGCAGAAUAUGUCAAACGAUACACUCAAUAGUUCAAGUGAAGGAGAAUUGGGAUGUAAUAUUAUACCGCCGCCUACAGAGUUUGCCAAUGAAAUGAAUCCUCUUAGAAAAUCAAAAAGUGCACCGGCUCCAUUUAAAAAAUUCAAUAAUAAAGGUAUGACAUCUGAUGGAGAAAUUGCAGGAGUGUCUGAUUGGUUUAAUUCGCAUGACAUGGCUUACGGAAUAGCGACUACUCUUUAUGAAAAAAAUCCCACCAAUGAUUGUAAUAAUGGGGAACCGAUUGCUGAUUGCUUUGGAAUGAUCGCUCGACCAAAUGCUGCUAUUCUCGCAUUGGCCGAUGGUGUCAAUUGGGGACCGAAGGCAAGUAUCGCGGCAAGAUCGGCUGUUCAUGGGAGUAUUGAGUACUUGAACAAAGCACUUUUUUCGUCGGCGAUAAAUAGCGGUGUCUCAACGACAAGAGAUGUGUUCAUCGCUUUACUUCAAUCAUUCCAUGCAGCUCAUUCACUUAUUCUCGAGGAAAAAGGCAUGCUGACAACUCUCACUGUUUGCGUUAUUUUACCACUACCAAAAACUGCAUCGGGUUCUAAUUCUUCUUCUAAAAAAUACGUUGCCUGCACUUGUAAUGUGGGAGACAGUCUUGCCUACGUUUACUCGAGAAAAACAGGAGUGAGAGAAAUAACGCGCGGUUGUCGAGAUAUUCAUUGCAUGCGGGACAUGCGUGACGCUCUUGGCGCUCUGGGUCCGGUUGCAGGUUCCAAUCCAGAACUGAAGAAUUUAACAUUGUCAAUGACAGAGGUGGAGCAAGGUGAUAUCGUUUUUCUCACGAGUGAUGGAAUAUCUGAUAAUUUUGAUCCAGUGGUGGGUAAAUUUGCCGUUUUACCAAGCAAUAACGGUGGCAGUUUUAAUGCCGAACGAUCAGGCAGAACGGAGAGUCGUCAAAAAGGUCGACGCAAAUCAGUGGAUCAUCCCCAGAGAUCUGAAAGUGAAAUACACAGUGAUUUGCCCGUGGUUGAAGCGUACCAGAGGCAUGAAUUAACAUUAUUAAGAAUGGAGGAUCUUUUGAAACGAGGAGUUUCCGGCAAAGGACCACCUUGCAAUAGCGCUAAACGAUUAUGUGAACUUGUUUUGGAUUUCUCGGUUCGCAUAACUGCUGCCAAACGGAGAAUUUUGGAGGAUACAGAUUUGUACUACGCACAACAAAAGAAUGGCGAAUUAGUUGCGCUCUCAAAAACGGAGCAAAAAAUUCGCCGUCGCAAAACAAUAGAUAAGAUUUCAAUGGUGCCAGGAAAGUUGGAUCACGCCACUGUGGUUGCAUAUAUGGUCGGAUCCUACAAAUUUGACUAAUCAUUAGUUACGUACGCCAAAUAUUUUUUCACCCAAAUGUUUUUGUUUUCUUCCACAUUUUGGAAAAAGCCAGAAAAAGAAAUUCUAUCUUUACGAUUUUGUAAGUUUUUAUAAAAACUUUAUUUUCCUUCUCACUAGAAUGAAAAAUAAGUCUUUUUUUCUAUUUGUUAAGUUUUGUAUUUUAGUUGUUAUUGUAUUUUUUUAACAACGUGAUUUUUCCUCAUAGUUGAGGCUUUUAAAUUCUCAAUAAUAGUUGAGAUAAAUUGACGUCCCGCUAAAUAAAAUGUAUUUUUCAUAAAAAAAAAGAAAUACAUUCACAGCAUAAAAUUUUGUGAUGGAUAGUAAUCAAAGCAGGCUUUUGAAGAUUAGAAAUAUAUUUCCAAAUGUUUAAAAAAUGGAAAUAGAAGAGAAAAAAAAGUCGCUAGUGACUAAGUGUAUUUUAAAAUAAAUUCUACUCAUACAAAAGUGAAAAUUGUAGAACCUUUGAAUUUAAAAAAAUGGCCUAAUGUGCGAUUAUAAAAUGAAAAACAUUCAGAAAUCAAAGGUUAUUGAGUAUAUUUUAAAAAAGAGUAGGAAUUCGUCGCUUUUCUCAGGAAUAGAUAACCAAUAGAACAGCCAAAAAAAAUGAAGAAAAAUUAUAUAUGAAGAAAUAUAAAUAUAUAUUGUAGAAAGAGAAAAAAAUAACACUGAUGAUAGAUUCAACAAAAGAAACAAUGAACAAAAUUAGAAUAUUCAAAGGCAAAAUACUUUGUGGAUUUGAUUAAAAAGUGAUAUAAAGACUUCAAUUUCAAAACAAACAAAUUCAUUAAUACUGCCAUAGUGCUCAACACAAUUCAAUAUAUAUUAUAUAAAGAUUUCCACUUUUUAGAUGAGAUUCUAGAAAAGAAAUGAAUAUUCAGAGAAAUUUGAAGAUUUCACAGAAAAUAUAAAGUAUUUUACAAAUGGUUAAUUCUUUGGUCCAAUAUUGUAGUAUUAAUAUAAAGUUCCUUUUUUGUUUUUAUAUUAAAUAAUGCUAACUUUAAGAACGAUGAGAAAAACUGAUAAAGAAAUAACUAAUAGAAUUUUACCUGGUGAAAAAUUCAAAUCAAAAUAAUAUAUUAAAAGCAAAAAAAAAAAAAGAAAUAUUAAAUACGAAGUCGAUAAAGAUAAAUAAUUUUUAAAAAAUGACUAUUUUUUUCGACAAAUUCUUGAUGAAUAUUUAAAAUUGUUAAUGUUAAUUUUUCGUCAGGAAAAAUUGUUCACGUGCUAUAAUCUUGUGUUUUUUUUUAUUUUGUAGUAUUUUGUUGUAUUUAGUAUUAUCUAUUUUUUAUGCAUAAAAUGUAUUAGAAUAAAAAUCUAUGUAAUACGAUCAAAAAAAUAUAAUAUUUGAUAAAUAAAUUUUAACCCACUUAAAAUUA